AUGCCUGAGAAGCCUCUGAACGAUUCCCAGAUCCGAACAAUUAGCACCUUCAAUACAAUCGUACAGAAAUCUAAACUUCGUAGACUUAUCGUUCUCGUGGUCUACUACUUGCCAUCGAUUCUCCAGAACAGCGUCGGAUUAUCACACCGCACCGCUUUGAUCAUUCCCGGUUUCGCUGUUUGCAUGUUCGUCAUUGGCGGUAUCUGGCCAUCAUUGACACUUGAUCAUAUGGGUCGCCGCAAGACUAUGGUGUCUGAUGGCGGCGCGACCACUCGCGGAACUAACUUUGCGGCGGCUUCCGUGGCCUUCUUCUUCCUGUACUUGCUCGCAUUCGGCGCGUCGCUCGUACUCGCGGUUGCAGUGGAAGGCUUAUCUCAUCUUCAUGGCCGCAACUUCAUCUCCGUCACCUGCAUCUACUUCUUCUAUCCUGAGACCAGUAACUUGCGACUGGAAGACAUUGACCACAUCUUCGCUGAAGGCGGCAACCCCGUUAGCCGCGCAAGGAAGAUGCAGGAGUGCCUCAGUGCUGGUAUUUCUCCCACUGAGGAGCCGGAUGAGGAGCAAGCUUAUUCAAAGCACGAAGGCGGCGCUCAAACCAUUGAGUCGGUACCCUAA